AAAUCAGAUGGGCUCCGUGGCUGUGCAGCGCUACGUUUGACGAUCUUUGAGCAGGGCUCCUCGCAAUCGAAGCGUCAUUCCACAAGUUCCAGCGUCGCGCACAUAUCACUCAAGUCUGCCAUGCGUGCGCUUUACCUGUCUGCCGUCUGCUGCCUCUUUGGUCAAGCUCUCGCUUGGGACCAGCAACCCGACGGCUACGAAGUGAUCGACGGUCCCGAAGGACCUGAAGCCGUGGACGCUUGGCGUCGUGACUGGACAGCAUGGAAGAAGAUGGAGCUGAUCACCAACCGCUACGACCCGAAAGACACCUGCAACGUGUACAACAUCCAGAAAACUCAGUGGACACAGCAGAAUUUCGUCCAGACAUUCCUCAUGAUGAACGACCGCUCCAUCUAUGACCGUGAGACGCAGCAGUACACCGUGGACAAGUACGUGGACGAGAUGCAGAGUCGCGUAGGCCCCAUCGACAGUGUAUUGAUCUGGCCUGCAUACCCAAACAUCGGAGUUGACAACCGGAACCAAUGGGAUCUACUACGAGACCUCCCGGGUGGUGUCGAAGGCGUCAAAGGAGUCAUCGCCGACUUCCAUCGUCGAGGCAUUCGAGUCAUCAUCCCGUACAAUCCCUGGGACAUCGGGACUCGUGACGAGUCUGGCCUGGAAGAUAUGGUACGCAUGUACAAUGCCGAUAUCACGACGCUAACUGAGACGAUCCCUGAGCUCCAAGCUGACGGAUUCAACGGUGACACAAUGUACGGCGUUCCUAAGGCCUUCUACAACUGUAGCAACCCGUUGGUAGCAGCUCCCGAAGGCGGUGUACCCACUGCAUAUAUAAGCCAUAACCCGAUGAGUUGGGGGUACUUCUUCGGCUACUCACACUUCCCACCCGUAGCACGAGCCAAGUUCCUGGAAUCGAGACACAUGGUGCAGAUCUGUGCACGUUGGUCACUCGAUCGAACCGCCGAAUUGUUGACUGCUUUCUUCAAUGGCGCCGGUUACGUGGUCUGGGAGAAUGUAUGGGGUAUCUGGAAUGCCAUGACGGAGAGAGAAGAUGAGACUGCCAAGCGAAUGUUUGCCAUUCUCCGCAAGUUUGGAACGAUCGUGUCGACAGGUCAGUGGACGCCGUAUUAUGCAAUGAAGGGCGAUGGGUUGUUUGCCAGUGCUUUCACUCUUAGCACUGAGUCGCUUUACACAGUGAUCAGUACAGUGGAGAAAGAAAUGACGUACGAAUUGCCACUCCCUGCUGACCAAUCUGGAGACGAGAUUCGCAUCUAUGACGUUUACCACGGAGUCGAACUGAAGAAACAGACCGGAAACAGCACAAACGGUACCGUCGUGAAGGUGAUGUUAGAGCCUCGUGCGUUUGGUGCAGUCUACGUCACAAAAUCCGGCAACGACUUGACCGAAUUCCUCAACCAGAUGCAAGCCAUGACCACCAAACCUCUGGCCAAGUACUCCACGACGAGGAGCUUACUUCAACAACAGCUUAUCCGAAGUAGCACCAGCAAUACCUCGACUUCUACGGAUAAUUCCGAAGAUAUGGUGCGUGUAUCUGGAACUGCCAACUGGUGGUUCAACGUCAGUGGCGUACAGAUCGAGCCCGUCUCGGCCUGGACUCCAAACUUUGCUCAGUACGGAACUGGAGUGCAGUUUCCCUGGGAGAAUCGUCCUUGGAAUAAUCACUCGACGAGGUUGUUUGUCCAGGACUUUAUGCUCGACAAGCACCCAGUGACCAACGCUCAGUACUCGACCUUUCUGAAGGCCAGUGGCUACAGUCCCAAGUCGCUGGACAGAUUUUUGUUGCACUGGGUAAGCCGUGAAGGUGCCCCAGCUUCAUGGAACAUUCCUGCUGGUCUGGAACAAAGUCCUGUUGUAAACGUUGCGUUAGAAGACGCUCAAGCUUACGCCAAUUUUUACAAUAAGCGUCUUCCGCACGAUUGGGAAUGGCAGUACGUCGCUUCAAACGGUGAUAACUACGAUGCGUACCCGUGGGGUUCUGAAUACGACAGUACAAAGGUGCCAAAGGUUUACCAUGGCAAGGAAUUGCCUAUGCUGAGUUCCGUGGGCUCGUACGAGAGCUCCAGUUCGACAAAAUUCCAAGUGGAAGACCUCGUUGGUUACGUGUGGCAGAUGACUGACCAGUUUUGCGACUCUCACACGUGUGGAGUUCUGCUUCGGGGAGGAAGCAGCUACCACCCGAUCUCGGCCACGCACAGCGACCCGAACUGGUAUUUCCCACAAGCUCUGGAUGUGCAGCAUCACAACCGCUUCCUCAUGAUCAGCGAAGGCUACGACCGCUCUCCCAUGGUGGGUUUCCGCUGUGCGAAGAGCAUCACUCCUUCUCGUGAAUUUGACAUUGUCGAAUGAGUGGUGACGAAUUCAAACAUUUCUGGAGGAAAAGCGUUUUCAUUUUGGCCACUCAUUCAUAGAUGGCAGUGGAACUUAAACAGGCUCAAGACACAUUUUCCUUUCAUAAUUUUUUUUACCGGGAUAGCAGUAUGCCCCAGAUCGAAUCAACUUGAAAUCGGUAAGUUGAAACCGGUUUACUGAAUCCGGUUUGCGGAAAUGCUUGCGGAAGUGCUUCGGCUCUUGAUCUCGAUCUACUUCAAGGCUGUGUGGCAAGUUGCCACUGGCAACACACAUCUUUUGCUUCGAAAUAUGAGCCGAUUCCCACGACAAGACGGUGCCAAUCAAGUUGCAAAACUGGUCAAGUGCAAAGGAACUACGAUAUUGCAUGCGCUGAUGUUCCGUUGCUUGCAGGACAGAAACAGCUUUAUUGUACUGGCCACAAUAGUUUGUACCAAAGAUUGUUACAC